UGUGAGUUUAAAGAGACAGAGAGAGAAGGAAGGAAGAAAGAGCAACAGGCCAACAACACGUUUCGCCUUGGAGAGGGCUCGGCUAGCUGGGCGACGUGUGUGCCUGUGCCUGGUGUAGAGUACCGACUUUUCCUCCGAUCAGUUGUUGGAUCAGUGGCUACUCGGUCUCGGUGGUGUGUCUCGGUGCUUGCGUGUUCAUAUUCAGUGGUAUAUUUAUUUAAUAUAUAUAUAUAUAUCUACGUAUACAUAUUCAUAUUCAUUUUUAUAUGAAGAAACCACCACUAGAAGAGUGUUUCUCUUUAUUAUUAUUUUUAUUACUCCUCAGUACUCAGUCUUUAAUCAGUUUAAAUAUUAACGCAACGCGUUCUUUGUUUAGUGCCGAGUGUUUGUUUAAAUAUCACUCAGUGUCAUUCUGCUGAUGAUGACAACGCUGAUGCCUGUGAUAAUAUCGAUGUUGAUGAUGAUGAUGAUGAUGAUGAAGAUGCUACAAGUUUAAUAUUUAAAAUUGUUUUUAUAAAAUAUAUGAGGAAUAAUUGUGACGAAGGAGGACAAGGAUUCGCUGGAAGACGAAGUGAGGUAGAAAAAGCAAGCGGUGAUAGCCGUGUCAGGUGUACUGAGCGAUAAGACAAUCUCGGGAUCAUCAGAACUUCCACUGAAUGCAAAACGUAACGUAGUAUUAAUACUGUUGAUAUUUUGUUUUUUAGAUACCGGGGUGAUAUAAUUGUCGGAGGAGUUUAAGCUCGAUGGAUAAUAACAAAAGAGUAUCCGCCCUUGGUUGGGUUGUGUUGAGUAUCUUGACGUAGGCGCGACAGAUCAAGGAACGCGAAGAAACCGUCCUCGAGGAGUGGUCUCUAGAGAGUGCGGUGACACGUAUCCGCGGGGAAACCUAUAGUGUACACACGCGACAGCUCGGCUUCGGCAUUGGCACACAGUACACACAACAAAGUAUCACUUGGAGAGAGUGAGAGACAAGUAUCCGAUUAAAGUAGUUGUUGUAAGGAGAAGGUGUGCUGCAAGACCCGGAAACCCGAGCCGAGACCCGAGACCCGAGAGCUGGGACAGAGUGGGAGCGCGACACACCAGAACCGAGAACAACCCGAGUCAAGAGGGGAAUAGAAAGGGACAGAUGUAAGACGUCCAGUGUCCGAGGUUCGGAAUCGGAAUAACGUCCUCGUCCUCGUCCUCGUCAUCUUCACCGGGUAAUGUACUCUAGUAAUAACAAGUAGUGCCUUCUUUCUACGACACUUUUACACCUACCGUUUUUCUUCGCAUAUAUAUAUUCAUAUAUGUAUGUGUAUAUGAAGAGAGAUAAAUAUAUUUACAGGUAUAGGUAGAGGUAUAUGUGUAUUUAUCAGUGUUUUCUAUAAGCAAAAAAAGAAGAGGUACAACGUCGUAGGUACGUUAGUUGUAUUGCAGCAUUGAGUAUAUAGUUGAGAGAGUCACGAGUUGCGAUAGUAGUACAAGACUGGUGGUGUGUGCUGGUGAUUCGCUGCUGCCGAUCGUCAACAAGCGUUGGCGAACUAUCCAGUUGAGUUUAAAGAGAGUGUAAGGCUGUUGUGUACGUGCGGUGUGUGGAUUUGUGUGCGUUCGUUACGGCGAAACAGGUAAAAUAUAAUAAUAAUAAUAAGUAAAAGAAAGAAAGGAAGAAAGAGAAAAAUAAGAAAGAAAAUAACGUGACUACGGCGAGCGGCUGUGAGGGGGGAGAAGAUUCUGAUGAGGGUGUCAGCAGAAGCCCGGUAAGAUAGUAUAGAAGAGCACACGAGAGAAGCAAAGUGUAUAGUUGUGGAGAAGAAGAAGAAGAACCAGUGGAACAAGAAGAAGAGUUAGGAGAGACUAAGGAGCACACGAGAAGCCGCGAUUUUCGUUUGAAAUCGCUGAGAAAGAUCAUCGCUGGCGGUGGCGGCAUUGUCCUGCUUGUUUUGCUGUCUCGCGAACGCCAGAAUAAAAAAAAUAAGUUUAAAAAAAGGAAAUAAUAAAAAAAGGUAGAGGAAGAGAGCGUGAAAGAGAGACAGCGAGAUAAAGCUCGGAUCGUGGAGGCGCGGGUUUGCCAGCAAGAGUGUGAGUGAGAUGCUCGAGGAUCUUUAAGAGGCAGCGGGGAGUCGUGGAGCGACUUGAGCCGAGUCGAGUCGAGCCGAGAAAGAUAUUGCCAAGUGCAAGUGAGAAAGAUAUAGCACACAUACCACCGAGGAGGAAAGACGACGGCGACUGGAGAGUGCCGUAAGCCGUAAGGUACGUAUUUACGUACACACGCGUAUAACCGGAGAGCUGAGAGCCGGGAGGAACACGCUUAGCUACCAACACCGCCGCAACGUAAAUUACAUACGCGCCGCUGCUACAUACCCAGUGCCUCGCAAAGUAACUACUACUUUUUGCUACUCUACUAGCUAGCCAGCUCGCUACUCUAUACUCUACACACACAAUACACAAUUUGCUGGACUAAGAAAACGGCUAAGGAUAAAGGAAACGACACACAGAAGUUGCGUUGCUGCUGCUGUUGCUGCUUCCACUACUGCUGCUGCUGCUGCUGCUGUUGUUGUUGUUGUUGUGGCUGUCACUGUUGAUAAGACUCAAGGUGGAGCUUUAAAUAAUACUACUAAGUCUAUUAAAAAUAUAUAAUAUUUAAAAAUGGCGCUUAAUCAGGACGUUGAUCAGUUGUCAAAGGGGAACCUGGUGGUGAGGAUUGAUCAAAACUCCGAGUCAGAUCUGCAGGCGCUGUUUGACAGUGUCCUGAAACCAAACUCGACGAGGCCGCUGCAAGUGCCACUGCGUAUGCGAAAUCUCCCAAACUCGUUCUUCAACCCACCCUCGACCGGCAGCAAGAGUCCGUCGAUAUCCCACUCGAGGGAAAAUUCAGCAGACUCGGCGUUCGGUACAAUAGUUACGACAAACGUAGCCAGUGGUCCCGGUGCGAGUGCCUUGGGUUCGGGAAGCGAGGCCACAGGUGGAGGCGCAGAUGCCGCAGGCACAGGAGCCGCAGGUGCAGCACCCGGACUGACGGUGGCCCAUCCGCGGGCCCACAGCAGUCCAGCCUCACUCCAACAAACCUACGCCUCUGCUCAGCAAGCCACUCAACAUACACCACAGCCCCACGCACCGCGGCAUCAUCAUCAUCAGAAACAGCGCAGCUAUGACGUCAUCAGCACUGUCGACGACAUGGGGCCAUUGCCUCAUGGAUGGGAGCAGGCACGCACGCCCGAGGGACAAAUUUACUUCCUCAAUCACUUGACCCGGACGACAACAUGGGAAGAUCCACGUAAAACAGCAGCUGCUGUGAGUGUUGCGGCUGUUGCUGCGGCUGUGGAAAGCGGAAAAGCAUCUUCUGCAGCGGCUAAUUCACUGGGACCAUUACCAGAAGGUUGGGAACAGGCGCGGACUCCUGAAGGCGAGAUAUACUUCAUUAAUCAUCAGAGUCGCACUACUUCGUGGUUCGACCCCAGAAUCCCUUCACAUUUGCAACGAGCUCCGACUACAAAUACGAUGCUGCCGCAAAACUGGCUUCAGCAACCUGGAGCUCCUGGAUUGCAGAACAAUCAGAAUAUUCAAGUGUGCCAACAAAAAUUACGUCUUCAAUCAUUACAAAUGGAACGCGAACGGUUGAAACAGAGACAGGCUGAAAUUAUGCGUCAGCAAGAACUUAAUUUGCUGAGACAAAGUACCACUGACGCAGCAAUGGAUCCAUUUUUAUCGGGUAUAAAUGAGCAGCAUGCCCGACAGGAAAGCGCUGACUCCGGUCUAGGUCUUGGAUCAGCAUACUCUCUGCCGCACACACCCGAAGAUUUCCUAUCCAACAUCGACGACAACAUGGACGCUACAAGUGAAGGUGGAGCGCCAAUGGAAACACCCGAUUUAUCGACUCUCAGUGAUAACAUCGACUCAACGGAUGAUCUAGUGCCUUCGCUUCAGCUUGGCGAAGAAUUUACGAGCGACAUCCUGGACGACGUGCAGUCGUUGAUAAAUCCGAGCAGUACGAAACCUGAUAAUGUUCUUACGUGGCUGUAGUACAUUGCUUGAGUAUAAAGUUAACAUAAAUAUUAAUAAUAAUAUUACAAAAAAAAAAAAAAAAAAAAAAAAGAAAAAAGAAAAAAAAAUUAAUAAUAAUAAUAAUGUACAAUAAAGACGGUCCACAAUAAUUCGAUCACACAACGACAAUGUACGAUCGACAAACUAAACGUCGAGUCAAGUGUUGCGAUAUUUAAUGCCUCCUCCUCAUAAAACAAAUAUCAAGAAAUAAGAUCAGUAUAAAAUAAAAAAAAAAAGUAUGUUGUUAUUAAACUAAUAAAGAAUAAUCGCCGUACUGUCGUUGCGGGUUUAAAUUUAAAAAAAAAUGAAAGAAAAAAAAAAAGUGCCUUAAUUAUAAACAUUCGUACAAAUAUGCCUUAUAAAUAUAAAAUAUAUAUUUACGUUUUAAAAUUGUAUAUUUAAAAAAAAAAAGAAAAAAAAAUACGUGUUCUCGUUAAUUGUAAAUUUGUUAAUGACGAAAUGAAUUUUACAAGUGUCAUGUGUUGAUAUAAAUAUAUAUGUAUACAUGUCUUCGUUCUAAAAUAAUUUUUCGUUAGAUUGCGAUCGUAUUAAAGAGAUUACUAAUUAUAAGGAGGCGGGAGAUUGGGAAACGGAGACUGUUUUUAUUUCUUUUGUCCGAUUAUUUACUUAUUUAAAAAAAAUUAAACUCAAUUAAAAGAAAAUAAAAAAUGGUCACGACAAUUAUUAUGUCACUGUUUAACGACUUGUAUUAAUAAGUAUUUUGUUCUUUAUUAUAUAUUUUUUUUUCUGGUAUCAUGACGUAUCAGAUUCACCUGCUCCGCAGUUCAUUAAACUAAAAGUCGGUAGACUGACUAAGUGCAAUUAAUUAACUAAAAAUAUAUGUGCGUAAACACAGCGUGUGUCAAUAUUAAUCCGACGUAUAGUUUUAUUAUUAAAUAAUUAUUAAACCUGUCAAGUUACAUAUAUACAAAAAUAUAUAAUGAAGAUUAAAAUUAGUAAAUAAGCUUGAAUAAUAAUUAAUUAAAUAUAUAGAUAAUUGUAUUAUUGAGUAUAUAUAUAUAUAUAUACAUUUGCAUUGAUUUUGAUAUGCAAAAUUAAAUGCAGCAGCAAAUAACAAUAGGCAGAGAGAAAGAAAGAGAGAGAAAGAAGUGCCUCAGUCUUUGCAGUCAAUGAACUCAACGAUAUGAGUCGUCAUUUUUGAAAGUAAUAACCGUCCAUACGAAACAUUUAUUGUGAAACACGUUUAUUAUUAUUAUCAUUAUAAUUAUUAAAUAUAUUUAUAAUAAAUAUUAAACGUGUUUGUAAAAUAUAAAUUUUAAAAAUAAUAAAAGAGAAAUUUUUUUUUGAAAGAGAUAUUAUUAUAUAAUAUUAAUUAAUAAACUAAAUAAUAUAAAUAGUAAUAGUAAUAAAUAUUAUCGAGUGAACAUAAGUAACAAAAUAUAUUUACAUCUAUAUUUUUUUUAUAUAUAUAAAGUCUAUGUAUGUUAGAAGUUAUCGAAUUGUGUCCCGUUAGAUUGUAAAAUUAUCAUAUUAUUAUUUUUUUUCUUUUUCGAUACGUAAUAAUUAAUUGAAUUUUGUAUAUUCAUAUUAAUUAAGAGCAUGAGGUAUUUGUAGAUUAUUGCUAAUUAAUUGAUUAAUUAAUAAGACAGUAAUGAGAAUUUAAAUGUUAAGUUAUUAUUUUUAAUUGUCACUGUAUGACUAAAUUAUGCUCUUUAUUGUGUUGUAUGUCUACGGUAAUUAUCGAGUAUUGAUGACGUCACUCGAGGAAUCGAUUGUGUUGAUAUUUAAUUAUUAAAUUUAAUUAAAAAUAUGUGUUAACAAAUUAGCUUUAAGUUUUUUAAACCAGGCAGCUCAUUGCGCUCAAAUAACGAACGAUUUUCUAGAUGUAUACAUAUAGAUAUAUGUAAAGUUGUAAUUGAUAGUAUAUAUAUAUAUAUAUAAAUAUAUAUAUUUUUGAAAUUAAAUGUUUUGUAAUUAGCGUUUAAUGCAAAGUAUAAUGAUAAUAGUUGAAGAUUAUUACAGAGAUUAUUAAAUGUUGAAGAAUUAAAUCGUUCGUUCUUUGUCGUAUAAUAAUUGAUAAUUAAUUAAUUAAGUUAAUGGUAAUUAAUUGUAAAUGUAUAUCUGUUGCAAUAAGCUCUCGUGAAUUUUUUAAAAUGAUUUUGUUAAAAAAAAUCACUGAGACGCUGAAAUGUUAGCUCUCGAAGUACACAUGUAAAUUUCAUUGUGAUAUAAUAAUAUUAAUAAUUAUAAUUAUUAUUAAUUAUCUAAUUUAUUAAUUAAUUAUUAUUUAAAUGAAAUUUACUGUGUUAUUGUUGAGAAUGUGCCUUAUAUACAGUAGACAAAUCAUUGUGUAUUUUGUAUUGAUGUAUUUACUCGCGAGAUUAUAGAAAUAUAUAUAUGUAUUAAUUUUAGUUUGAUAAAUUUAACAGAUAAUUGUAAUCUUAGAAAUUACGAGACAAUUUAUAAAUUUUAUUGUAUCAUUUAAUUGUAAUUUCUAGGAAAUUUAUCUCGUAAUUUUUGCUUUCACAUAAAUUAUUUAAAAAAUAUUAAUUGCGGUGGUUUAAAAUUUUCAAAACACAAUUUUAAGAUGACAAUUUUUAUUUUUUUAAAUCUUGUAAAAUUUAAAAAUAUUUUUUUUUUUUAUGUGAACAAAAAAUUUGAACAAGUUUAUUUUUAAUUUUAAAAAUCCAUCGAGUUCAAAUCACGUGUUAAUUUUUGAAUUUUUAAAAUUUAAAAAAAUAACAGAAUUGUCAUCUUAAAGUUUUGAUUUUUUUUCUUUUUAUUAAAAGCACUCAAGUAAAUAUUUUUCGAUUUUUUUUACGGAAAAUUGUGUAACAUUAUAUUGCCUUGCUUUUAAUGUAAAUUACAAGAUUAAUUAUGAUAAUUAUAUUUAAAAAAAAAAUUGUUUAAUUGCGAGCAAAUUUUUAAAAUAACAUACGUAAGAAAAAAAUGAAUUAAUAUUAAUAUUAAUAAUAAUCAUGGAAAGUAAAUCGUUUUUGAUACUGUAC